CGCGCCCCCGCAUUAGUGGUUCCGGCAAGCAGAAGGCACCCCGCCAUUUUCCUUGUUUUUAGGCCUACCUUCCCUGUUGUGAUUGCAGUUCGUGAAAUCUCGCAGCCCUGGCGGCAGCGUUGAAUCAUGAAAAGAUUUUGAAGUAAGAAAAGUGGGAAAAUGGAGGAAAGGGAUGGAGACAACUUGGGACCGGGAAAGCCAAAAAUAAUGGUUUUCCGACCCACCUAUGAAGAGUUUAAAGAUUUUGCCAAGUACAUUCACUACAUGGAAUCUAAGGGAGCUCACAGGGGUGGUAUUGCCAAGGUUGUUGCUCCCAAAGAAUGGGUCCCAAGAAAAGCUGGAUAUGACCUGAAAGAUAUUAAUGUCACAAUACCCGCUCCUAUCUGCCAAGUUGUAAAUGGCAAGCAGGGGCUCUACCAGCAAUAUAAUGUUCAGAAGAAAAAAAUGACUGUCCAACAGUUUCAUGACAUGGCUAAUUCAUCGAAAUAUGCUACUCCUCAUCAUAAGGAUUAUGAAGAACUAGAAAGAAGAUAUUGGAAAAAUAUCACUUACAACCCUCCAAUCUAUGGUGCAGAUGUUUCGGGAACUCUCACAGAUCCAGAUAUAACGAACUGGAACAUCAACAAACUGGGCACCAUACUGGACUAUGUUAGUGAUGAGUACCACAUCAGUAUUGAUGGAGUAACAACAGCAUACCUCUAUUUUGGAAUGUGGAAGACCACAUUUGCAUGGCACACUGAGGACAUGGAUCUGUACAGUAUAAAUUAUCUUCAUUUUGGUGCUCCUAAAACUUGGUAUGCAAUUCCCCCAGAGCAUGGGCGACGUUUGGAAAGACUUGCUGAUGGUUUCUUUCCAGAUCAGAAAGCCUGUCCUGCCUUCCUCAGGCACAAAAUGUCAAUCAUAUCCCCACAAGUUUUAAGGCAUCAUUCUAUUCCUUAUAAUAAGAUUACUCAAGAGGAAGGUGAAUUUAUAAUAACUUUUCCCUUUGGUUAUCAUUCUGGGUUUAACCAUGGAUUCAAUUGUGCUGAAUCAACCAAUUUUGCCUCAGAGCGAUGGGUAGAAUAUGGGAAGCGAGCUUCCCAGUGUAACUGCAGGGAUGAUAUGGUUAAAAUUAAUAUGGAUCUGUUUGUCCAACGGUUUCAACCAGACCGUUAUGAGGUUUGGAAAGAAGGGAAGGACUAUGGCUGUCAUCCAGAAGAUCCUCAUCACCAUAAGCCUGCUCCUCACCCUGAUGCUGUGCUCAGGAGUCAGGAAGCUGGAAAAGAUAGUCCAAAGAAAAACCCAAAACGGCAUCCAAUUCAUAAGAAGAAAACUGGCAAUGGAUCUGAUGAAGUACAACUUAGUGAUGGUAUUAAACAGGAAUGUGAUGACACCAAACAUGAAUAUAAUGUAAAGGAAGAAUGUACAGAUAAAUUAUCUUUCAAAAAAGAAGAGUCAGCAGAUGACAGUAGCUCAUCAAAGAAGGUUGAGGAACCAUAUUUCCCUGAGUAUUUUGAAGAAGAUUUCCAGUCAGAGGAUGAAGUUGUAGCAGAUUCUGAUGGAUUGAAUGAUCUCUACGAAAAAGCUGGGGAAAUAGAGUAUGGAAGAGGAGAUCAUGAGUACAGCUAUAGGCGUGACAUCCGCAAGAGACCAGAAUUAGAUGAGGAUUGGAACAUGGGGCAUGAGCAGCCAAAGCGGAAGACAAAGCGCACUACUCCCAAGAUUGUUAAACAUUCAGCUGCUGCCAUGGCUAUCUCACCAUCACAAAUGUCUACUUUGCAAAGACCCCUAACACCAGCUUUCCCCAAGAGCAGAACAGUGACAGUACCAAAUUCAGUUGUAGUUGGCAGCAGCGGUGUUUCUAAAGUUGUUCAAGCUGCAGUUAACAAAGGUAAUUUACCACCAAUAACUUUAGGCGAUGGUAGUGUUCAAAUUCGACCAGUGAGUGUGCCAGGCCAACCUCCCCGCCCUAUUGCGAGGACAGCAACCGUGUAUAAGGUGGGUGGUAGGAUAAUCCCAACACAGGUGCCCCCGAGCAUCUCCAUCCUUCACAAGAGUGGAAAUGUGCCCAAUGGACGAGCUGCUUUCAAAUUUGCAUUGAUGUCACAGCCCAGACAGCAGAACCCUGUGAAGAACCCACUUGCAACUCUGAGUAAAAACAUGAAAAAUAAUGCAUUGUCAGUGAGUGUGCAGAGAGUGAAUGCUCAAGGGCACAAGGUGGAGCAUGUGAUACCAGAGACAGCAGUGCGAGCAGUCGCAUCUCGAAGUUAUGUGAGACCAGGGACACAGAGAGUUGGAACAAAUUGUUUGAGACCUCCAGCUGGUCAAAUGCUGAAAGGUGGCCAAGCUGUGAUUUUUAGGCAAACUGCUCCAAAAACUUUGGUACGACCAGUCCUACUUCAAGCUCAGCCUCGUUCAGCUAAUUCUUCUAAUCCUAGACGGCAACAUCCAAACAAGAUCAUUGUCAGACAAGCUCCUUCUGCUUUAUCAGUCACAUCUAGACCUUUUCAAUCAUCACCUGCUGCUCUAGCUAAUAUGAUGGCUGACAAGCUGCCAAAUGCCACACAAGACCAUCAGUUGAAAAAGAAAUCGGAAGAUGGGAAGUCGCCUGACAGUGUCUCUGUCGUUGUAGCAGAAGUAACUCCAACACCUAUGUCGCCACCGUUGAUAAUCUCAAGUCGCCCUCAGCCACAGGCUGAUAAUACAAGUACUUCAACAUUACCUUCCACAUCAGUACAUACUGAUAUAUCAUAUCCAGCACCUAAUACUCACCAACUUCAUCAACACACCGUGCCAUACCUUCAUGCAUCUUCAACAGUUUCUAAUUGUUACCCAUCAACCCAAUCCACUCCUUCAUCGCAAAUCAAUCCUAACCCUUCAAAUCCUCCCAUUUGCACGCCAGAAUCUCUCUCCCAAUCUCAACCAUCACUUAUUACUCAAUCACAACUUUCAUCCAAAACAGUCUCACCCCCUUUGUAUCAACCAGUAUCUUCAUAUCCUAUCACAUCUUCUCAAGAUUGUUCAUCUGCCCAAAUAUUAUUGUCACCUCUGCCUAGUGUGGCUCCAUGUGAGACUGUGGCCUUACCUGUUGCAGAACCCAUACCCACUACCUCUUUAUUCACUGAACUACCACCUAUGUCAUCUCUUACUGGAUCAUACCCUCCAUAUUCAUCUUACCAACCUUCAUAUGACCCUUCAUACACUUAUACAACCUCAGCUGCUGUUUCUUCAUCACAUCCACCACCUGUUCCCAUGACUUCACAUCAGUCUCAACAGCUGUCUGUGGCUGGGUAUUCCUCUCCAGGGUCCCUGCAGGGUGGCAGCCAGAUUGGCAACCACAUUCAGUACCUGCAUGCUGCUAUGGACAAGAACAGUGGGUCAAACAUCCCGUCCAGCAUGCCAGCCGAAAUGUGCAGUCAACAGAUUGAAACAGUUCUCCCGCAAACUGUGUCAUCUGAUUCAAUUGGUGUUUCCUCUACCACUGCCUCACCAUAUGUCCCUGGGCCUUACUCAGAAAACCAAGCUUACAUCUCAAGUGCAGCAUAUGUAGCUCAGCCAUCUGCUUCUUAUGCUGAACAUCAAGUAUCUCCUGAUAGCUAUUCAAAUAUUCAUGGAUCAAUUAGUAGUGCACCAGAACUGGUUUCACAAGUCCUGCUAAAUGAAAGUAACUCCUCAAAUCAGGAAUAUUAUACCUGCAACAUGGAUUUAAAUGGUUUUCAAGGGAUGCCUCAUCUCACCAUUGCUGAAGGACUCGAGCCACUUUCAAAUGAAGGACUGGACCAAGAUAGAAUUGCACCCCCACAUUUAGAACCACAACUUGAACCAGUGCUAAUGACUUCCGGCAGUGCUCCUUUGCUAUCUACUCCGGGGCCACAACCUCACUACAGCAACAGCUCUCCAUCACAGCCUCCCUACCUUACACCACAGCUAGAUUCAUCCUGAGCAACCAUACAUGCGGUAAACCAAAAUCUUCCUAUUUCAUGUACUAUUUGAACUUGGUCCUUGUCUAAGGACACACUUCAGCCUUACCACAUGGAAUGUGAUAUUAGGGUCAGGGUUCAUCACUUCCUGUGACUGUGAACUGUUCCUGAUGAUUGUUAUACAUCGUGUUGUAUAUGCCUCAUAUUGAGGUUUUGUUAUACUUGCCCCACUUGUGCACAAACCUGUCCUAACUUGAAAUAAGUCAUCAAAUAUUGCGUUUACCAAAGUCUUCAUUACUUUUGGGGGUAUGAGGUACUCUCCAAUUUCUUUCAAAAUGUCAUUCUGUUGAAGAACAGUUAAUCGUAGGAAAAGCAAACUCACAGUUUCUUUCAAAUCUUUACUGUAGGCUACACACUUUAUAUCAUGUCUUUCAUUAUUGUUAGGAAAAGAGGCUAUACAAUCUUGAAAAUAAGUAAAUUUUGUAAAUAAUUGUUAUUAUUUAAAUGAAUAGUUGUCCAUUGCCUUUGCUGAUCAAAGUCAUAAAUUACUUCUCUUUUUAAGCUAUAUAAAUGAAAACCUAAUGGCUGUGACAAAUUUGGAGGAACUGUAUAUUGAGUGCUGGUCUUUAGAGAUUGUAACUGAAUUUAUUCAUCUUGAUUAGAUUCUCUAUUAAUAGUACUGGUACAAACAUUUUAGCUAGUGCUUGUUUUAACUACUGGCUUAAUGUAGUUUGCUGGCAUUUUUCAGUAUUAAUAUUCGGACAUUGAAACAGAAGGAUUUGGUUGAUUGUUCUGAAAAGAAUUCCUCAUUUCCAUCUAAGUUGUGUCGAAAGUUACAGGAAUUGUUAUUCCUGUUUUGAAAUUAAAUGUGAAUUGGAAGAUGCAUUUCAUUUGGGAGUAAAGAAAUUUUUGAGAUUUUGUCCAUAGACAUGGAUGAAGAUUUUCAUUGAAAUUGAGUGACAGGUCUGCAGCUAAUAACACUGAACAAUCAUUGUUUCCUUACCUUUAUCUGCAUUAUUUCUUCCCUCUCUUCAUAUCUCAUUUAGUAUUCAAGAAAGUUGCGUUUUUAAUAUCUAAUUUUCAUUUUAUAUGUUAAUGUUUCGAUAAAUUUUCCACCCAGAUUAAAUAAACUGUUUGUAAUUCACUCACAAUACCAUUACUAUUUUAAUUAAUUUCUGCUCCCUAUUUUAAUAUUGUAGUCAAAAGAAAGGGCUCACAUGGCUAGGUGUAAGGGCUCAAUUAGCUGUAAUCAGUUUACUGUAUCAAAUGCAGAGGAAGGUGCUCCUAUAUUCCUCAGACUUUUCAAACAUAAUUAGCAGAACAGAGUUGUUUCAGAAACUAAGCAGUAGUUUGCAGUUCUAGUUAAGAGGUUCUUUUAGUUAUGUAUGAAGGAGUUUAGUGAUGCUGUGCUGUAAGUCAGCAGCCCAAAUAGGUCACAAGUACCAAAAUUUCAAUUAUUAAUUGUGUUGCUGACAUCUUUAAAAGAAAACAUUUAUUUUAGAAAUAUAUUAGCAUGUGUUGUUUUUUUUUUGACAGUAUUAAGUAAAGAGAGAUACAAACAAGCAGCCUUAACUUACCACUUGUAAAUAACAUGUUUAUAUGUAAUGUACAGAGGAAGUUUUGUUCUUUAAGCUUAAAUGUGGAGCAACUUGACUCAAUUUUUUGAGUUUUACCCUAUUUAUUAUAUUACAUUGGAUUUGAUGGUAUCAUGUUAAAGUUGUACACGUCUGUCUAGCGUGUGUGGCAAGCUUAAGUGUUUCAAUUUUUUUUAAAUGUAGUCUAGAUGUGUCUCUAACAAUUUCCUCUACUGACUGCGUAUCCUUUUCAAAUAUUGAUUGUGUUUAUUUCCUUUGAUAGGCCCACAUGUAACAAUCUUCAAUCUUCUGAUCACUUGUCUACACUGUGUACUGUUCUAACCUGAUACCUUCAGCAAGCAAAUUUUACUUAUCAGUUGAUGAAGAUAAAAUUAAUUUAUAGUAGCUAUUUAUAGUAAAUUGUAGUGCAAAUGGUUUGAUGAGAAAGACUGAGGGAUUAUUCAUAUUGUUCCCAUGAUAAUCCUGGAUAAUUAAUUAAUUGUAUCAAAAAUGUUAUUUGUGCGUAAAUGUGUGAUUGCCAUAUUGGUGAAAUAAAAGUCAUCUUUAAAUCAAUAAAUCAA